AUGCCUGCGGAUUACUCAUCCACCGCCCGGGCACUGUCCGUCUCGACCUCGUCCCCAGAACCUCUGUCUCCGUCGGAGGAUGAGGCCUAUCCGCCAUGGAGCCGAAGGGCACCGGGGAGGCGGAAUUCAGCCAGUAUCUCCGGCGGACGACCCGCUACCCUCCGAGAUCAGAUCGUAGACCGAGCAACCAAGACAUAUCACCAGCUCCUGGAAUCGUGGCGCAAGAUGAACUUCUGGCAAAGGGUAGGGGCGGUGUCCGCGUUCUUAUUGGCCAAUCUCCUUGGAAUAGGCUUUCUUGUCUUUACUGGGAAGGUCUUCAUCUGGCUUCAACCCGUGGCGGCACAAUGGGAGCAUUCUCCUCUAGCCUACGGGGUUCUGUGGUUGUGUGUUUUCUUUGUCUCCUUUCCGCCGUUGGUUGGAUGGUCCACAUUUGGAACUAUGGCGGGCUACAUCUUUGGGAUCUGGAAAGGAUGGCUUCUUUAUGCUUCCGCUACUGUGCUUGGGUCGACUUGUUCUUUCAUUGUGUCUCGGACAAUUUUAUCCAAAUUCGUUCACCGGUUGAUGGAACGCGACAAGAGAUUCGCAGCGUUGUCGCUGACGCUGAAGUAUGACGGCUUGAAAUUGCUGUGCAUGAUCCGCCUCUGCCCGCUGCCCUACUCGGUAUGCAAUGGGGCGGUCUCAACCUUCCCCACCGUUCAACCGUUGACGUAUGGGCUUGCCACGGCACUCAUUUCGCCGAAGCUGCUGGUUCCAGCCUUCAUCGGUAACCGGUUGCGCGUCUUGUCGGAGAACAAUGAAGAGAUGAGCGCAGGCUCCAAGGCUGUCAAUAUUUGCAGUAUUAUCGUCUCUAUCUGCAUUGGUAUCUUCACGGGGUUGUAUAUAUAUAGAAGGUAA